AUGAGAUCUGCGUCAUGGCUUGCCGCCGGGCUGUUCGGUGCCUUCAGCCUCAUUCGCGCUGUCAAUGCUGAGGACCUCUUCGAAGCUCACGCCCUAGGUACAUGUGCGAACGACAGCAUCGUAUCAAUCAAUCGAUUCGAUGUCACUUACACCCCAAGUAACAACAACAUCGUCCUCGGCUUCACCGGAUCCUUCUCCGACUCCGCCUCGACUAAUGUCCUGAUUGAUAUUGACGUCUUGAUUUACGGAUACAAUGCAAUCUCAUUGACGAUGGACCCGUGUGCAUCUCCGAAGAUCAGUUUUCUCUGCCCCAUGCAGUCCGCGUCUCUCAAUAUCCAACAGACCUCUUUAUCACUCGACAGCGAUGCACUAAAAUCCAUACCGAAAAUUGCUUACACCAUUCCCGACAUUGAUGCCGUGGUGCGCCUCAAACUCAAAGACGCCUCGACCAACGCUUCCAUUACCUGUAUCGAAACGCGCGUCUACAAUGGCAAAACCGUCAACCAAGAGGCCGUAGCUUGGGUCCUCGCCGUGAUCACCGGCCUAGGCAUGGUCGCCACCAUGGUGGUUUCGAUACUCGGAUACUCCAACAUUGCCACCCACAUGGCGUUCAGAACUCUACUCUUCUUGGGAUGGAUGCAGAGCAUGGCCAUGUGGGGAAUGACUUCGGUGACACAGCCACCAAUCGUGCAAUCGUGGACUCAAAUGUUUCAGUGGUCAAUGGGUAUCAUUCGCGUUGGGUUCUUGCAAAUCAUCUGCACCUGGUUUUUGCGCGCAACAGGAGGUACUGCGCAGCAGAUUCUCAACGAGGUCGCUGCUGACGAAGUCUCGGUCGUUCCCUUGAAGCGAUCCUUGGAUUCUCUCACCCGUCGAUCCUCUCUCACUACAUCCACAGGAUCCGAAGUUACUGUGCGUGGCAUCGAGCGCAUGGCUUAUCGGGCAAACAUCGCAUCGACCAACAUCUUCAUGACCGGCUAUCUAUUUUUCUACUUCAUCGCAAUCGUUGUAAUUAUUGCCGUCAGCUUCCUCGGUCUCAUCCUGCCGCGCCUUAUGAAGAACACCCAGAAUCCGAAAUGGGAUCGCGCCGUCAGCGCCACAGCUAAUUGGAAGGACUACUUGCGAGGAGCUCUCUACCGCUUGGCGUGGAUUGGAUAUCCGCAGAUGUGCGUUCUCUGCAUGUGGGAGCUGUAUCACCACGAUUCUGCCGCCGAAAUCGUCUUGGCCAUCUGCAUGUGGCUCGUCAUGAGCGCCAUUCUUGGUUUCGCAACCUUCAGGGUGUGGCAGCGUGCUCGCGUUGCUCGAGCCUUGAAGCAAAACCCCGCCUACUCUCUUUACUCCGACCCGGCAUGCCUCACCAAAUGGGGAUUCAUCUACACCAACUUCAAAGCCACCAGCUACUACUUCAUUUUCCUCUCCUUGCGCGCCCCUCUCGCCCAAAGUAUUGUGCUUCUAAUCGUCGAAGCCCUGUUUAUGAUCGCAACCUGCGUUCUCCGACCUUAUAUGGACCGACCCGCUAACGGAUUGUGUAUCACCGUUUCUGUUCUCAACUUCAUCAACUCUAUUUUCAUACUUGUCUUCACCGAUGUCUUCGACCAACCGACCCUGAUGACCGGCAUCAUGGGCGUUCUAUUCGCUCUCUACAACGCGGUCUUUAUGCUAGCAUUACUGAUCUUCCUCCUGAUCGGCUUCUUCUACUGCAUUGUCCUUCGCGAGCCUCGCGCGAAGUACCAACCCCUCGCCGACAAUCGCGACUCUUUCCGCAUGUCAGAGAAUCGCUUGACGACCGAACUUCUCCCAUUAGAGAAAACUGCUCAAAGCGACCUAAACACCGAAAACUCCUCUCGCGAUGAAAUCAUCGAAACACCACCUCCAACCCAUCCACAUGGCGAGCUCCGACCACCUCGCUCACCUUUCGCCGACCCCGUGGAGCCAACACUGCCUUUAAUACCAAGCAGUUCUAGCGCUUCCGUGCGAUCCAGACAAUCCACAAGAUCUGGGCGGUCUGAGACGGUGGGCGCAAAUGCCAAAUUCGCUCCAAACCGGUUCGAAAAUGAUCACACUGCUUGA